AUGGCGGACAAACUAGCACGAAGUGCUAGGACUCAGUCUUCUGCGAUGGUUUAUGUUGAUUCAGUUCCUCCGAAAUACAUUUGCGGUUUUAUGAACGUUGCUAGACAUUCUGCAUUUGGAAAAGGAGCUGCUGAGAUUGUUCUCUCUGCAGGAGUUUGGAUAAAGAAGAAGAGGUCGGAGAUUGAGGAAAGCAUGUGGUUGAGUCACAAGCCGUGGAUACCGAGGCCAAUGCUGAGCGUGCAUGUGCGUAUGGGAGACAAAGCUUGCGAGAUAAGAGUCGCACCUUUAGAAGAGUAUAUGCGUUUGGCUGAUAGGAUAAGAGAACGGUUUCCGAAGCUCAACAGGAUCUGGCUCUCUACGGAGAUGAAGGAAGUUGUGGACAUAAGUAAAGAGUAUGGUCAGUGGAGAUUCUAUUACGUGGAAGUGGCGAGACAAGUUGGUAAUAACUUGAUGGCUGAGUAUGAAGCUAGCCUUGAGAGAGAGAUGAGCACGAACUAUCCUCUUGUUAAAUUUUUGAUGGCGUCAGAAGCUGACUUCUUCAUCGGAGCUUUGGGCUCCACUUGGUGUUUCCUCAUUGAUGCUAUGAGGAAUACCGGUGGUAAACUCAUGUCCGGUUUUCUCAGUGUCAAUAAAGACCGGUUCUGGUAA